CGAAGGCGCAUCCAUUGCUUCUCAUCUCGCCUCGACCACCAUCAAAUCUCAAAACGCAAGAUCAAGAUGGCACAAGGCAGUCGUCACAACGGACGGGAUGACCCUGAGAUGGACGUCGACUUCUCAGAUGAUGAGAGAGACGCCAAUGUGCAGCAGAAAGGCAGGGGCUUCAACGUUCGUGGCGCUGCAGCGGCAUCCUCUUCACAGUCUCGUCGCGAUGCAGACGACGAUGCGGUGAUGCAGACGGAUGGAGUCCGCAACGAGGACAAGCAGUUCGACCGGCUCGACGCAGAGGGUGACGACGAGAAGAGGGAUGGCGCAGCGGCUGGGGAGGCGAGACCUGCGAGGUGCUGGAUCGUCCUUGUCACAAACGUCCACGAAGAGGCAACGGAGGAGGACCUGACGGACAAAUUCCUCGACUUUGGUGAUGUCAAGAACUGCCAUCUCAAUCUGGAUCGUCGCACUGGAUACGUCAAGGGCUACGCUCUCCUCGAGUACUCUUCGCAAGAGGAGGCCCGCGAGGCAAUCGAGGCGUCCAAGAAGGGCGAGAUUACGCUGAUGGAGCAAGAGUUGAGCGCAGACUUUGCCUUUGUGCAGCCGCCACCGUCUGGACCGAGGGGUGGUAACAGAGCGGGAGGACAGAGGCAACGGGGAGCAAGAGAUGCGAGGGAUCGAAGUCCGGGGAGGAGAUGAUGGCGGGCAACGAAAUGACAAGGAAUCAUACCACUUCACAUCAUCACUCGUCUCACGCUAGUGUCACUCUCAAUCUCGAGCCUGGUGAUCGCUGUGCAAAGGA